AUAAAAAGUUCAAAUCUUUGGAGAUAUCAUUGAAUAAAUUUUUAUCAUUUUCUGCUUGUUUUAUUUAUUUCUAGUUUAUCAAUUCUUGUUGUUGUAAAUAUUUUGAAUUUCUUUUUAUUUUUCUUAAUCUCUCUGCCCCCACUACCCAUGAAGUAACAUGUGUGCUAAACUGCAAAUUCACUGUCUACUACAAAAAAAAAACAACAGAACUGAGCUCAUAGUGCUUUUUCUUGGAUUUUAUUCAGAUUCUUGUGGAAAAUAGCCAUCAUCAAGAUUCAAAAUCCAGUCAAAUCUUCAACUAUUUUCUCUUGAAACAAUCAUAAUUUGUAACUGAAAUGAGAGUACAAGCAAAGAUUUAUGCAUUCUAUUUUCUGUUUUUGUGGUUAUGUGUGUGCUCAAAUGGCUUCCUUUCACCAAAAGGUGUUAACUUUGAAGUUCAAGCUUUAAUGGGUGUCAAAGCUUCAUUGUUGGACCCUCAUGGUGUUCUUGAAAAUUGGGAUGGUGAUGCUGUUGAUCCUUGUAGCUGGACCAUGGUCACUUGUUCUGCUGAGAGUUCAGUCAUUGGGUUAGGGACACCUAGUCAAAAUUUAUCUGGUACACUUUCUCCUAGCAUUGGCAACCUUACUAAUCUUCAGAUUAUAUUGUUGCAGAAUAAUAAUAUUACAGGGUCAAUCCCAAAAGAAAUUGGUAAACUGAAGAUGCUUCAAACACUUGAUCUUUCUGAUAAUAAAUUCAUCAAUGAAAUCCCAUCUUCUUUGGGUCACUUGACAUCCCUACAAUACAUAAGGCUUAACAACAACAGUCUUUCUGGGCCAAUCCCAGAAUCAGUAGCUAGCAUGACCCAACUUGCAUUUGUAGACUUAUCUUUCAAUAACUUGAGUGGCCCUGUUCCUAUUUUUCCUUCAAAGACAUUCAACAUUAUUGGGAACCCUCUCAUUUGCCCAACAGGACCUGAGCAACAAUGCAAUGGAAUGACACUCAUGCCCAUCUCUAUGCCAUUAAACACCACACAAUCUGCUAACACCAGAUCAAGAAAACGAACUCAUAAACUGGCCCUUGUCAUCGGUUCAAGCCUUGGAUGCAUCGUUUUGAUCAUUUUUGUACUUGUGUUAUUUUGGUGGAGGCAUAGGCGUAAUCAAGAACCAUUCUUUGAUGUAAAAGAUAAGCAUCAUGAUCAGGAAGUUACACUUGGAAAUCUAAGGAAGUUUCAGUUCAGGGAACUUCAAGUUGCAACACACAACUUCAGCCACAAGAACAUAUUGGGAAAAGGAGGUUAUGGGCAUGUGUACAAAGGAACACUUGACGAUGGGACAGUGGUGGCGGUCAAACGGCUGAAGGAUGGUGGUGCUGCUGGUGGAGAACGACAAUUCCAAACAGAAGUUGAAAUGAUCAGCCUAGCAGUGCACCGAAAUCUCCUCAAGUUAUAUGGCUUUUGCAUGACUCCAACUGAAAAACUCCUUGUCUACCCGUAUAUGUCCAACGGCAGCGUGGCUUCUCGUCUCAAGGCAAAACCGGUUUUGGAUUGGGGCAUAAGGAAGAAAAUUGCCUUAGGGGCUGCAAGGGGAUUGUUGUACCUUCAUGAACAAUGUGACCCUAAAAUUAUUCAUAGGGAUGUCAAGGCUGCAAAUAUAUUACUUGAUGAUUGUUGUGAGGCAGUGGUUGGUGAUUUUGGGCUGGCCAAGCUUUUAGACCACCAGGAUUCUCAUGUAACCACAGCGGUUCGAGGCACCGUGGGCCAUAUAGCACCGGAGUACCUCUUCACGGGCCAGUCAUCCGAUAAAACUGACGUGUUUGGCUUCGGGAUUCUUCUACUCGAAUUGAUCACCGGACAACGCGCUCUAGAGUUCGGCAAGGCUGCAAACCAGAAAGGCGCUAUGCUUGAUUGGGUAAAGAAGAUCCACCAGGAAAAGAAACUAGACAUAUUAGUAGACAAAGAUUUGAAAAACAAUUAUGACAUGAUGGAGUUAGAGGAACUUGUAAAAGUGGCGUUGUUGUGCACACAAUAUCUUCCGGGCCACCGGCCGAAGAUGUCGGAAGUUGUUCGGAUGUUGGAAGGAGAUGGGUUGGCUGAGAGAUGGGAAACUUCACAAGGGAUCGAGUCCACCGGAAAGUUCAGAACACCGGAACUGUCCUCAUCGGAAAGAUACUCCGAUCUCACUGAUGAUUCUUCGUUACUUGGACAAGCCAUAGAACUCUCCGGUCCAAGAUGAAAUGUCAUAUAAAAGUUCAUUUAGAAGUUCAAAGUGUAUGUAAUAUUAUUUCCGUGUUUUAUAUGAUUUUUUUUCAAUAUUAAAUAUAUAAUCUGUUUUUUCCCUCCAAA